AUGGCUAGUAUAAUGGAUUUAGUAUCUAAUACACUUGGUAUUGAUAAAGUAAAUAUGGAUGGAAAAUUAAUCUUGAUCGAAGAACAACACGAUAGUAACGCAAACUUCUUAUUGAGUUCUAUUAUAUCCAAUGCAUUAAAAAAGAAUUAUAAAAUAUGUUUAGUACUUUUUCAUAAUACAAUGAAUCAUUAUCAUAACAUGGGUAUGAAAUUUGGUUAUAAUCUUACAUUACUAAGAGAAAAAGAUAAGGUUACAAUUAUAGAACCAAUAAAAAUUAUUGCAUCUAAUAUAGUAUCUCCAUGUGACCUAUCAACAAACAAUGUACUUCAGGAUGUAUUUGUAAUAAUUAAAAAUGAAUAUUACAAAAUAAUGCAAAACAAUGAACCUGUUAUUAUUAUAAUCGAUGAUUUAAGUCAUAUUUAUAAUAUCGGAUGUAAUUUGAAGGAAUCUAUGUAUUAUGUAAGAUAUUUAAGGUCACUUUUGGAACAUUAUCAUAUGUCUCAACUUUGUAUCGUAACACACACCUAUAAAGAUGACCAGAAGAUUUGUUUAUCUAAUAUACUUACACGUAGCCUUAAUUAUAUGGCUCACCUGUUUAUUAAAAUUGAACCUCUUGAAACUGGAUAUUCUAACGAUGCAUCUGGAAAUAUUACAAUUAAUUGGAGAAUAGAUGACAUAAGAAAAAAGUAUAAUUGGCCUGAGAUAGUAAAAUAUAUAUAUAAAUUGUCUGAUCGUCAAGUACAAUUUUAUACAGCUGGAACAUAA